AUGGAGAACGUCUGCACUGCGAUCAAGGAUGCCUCCGGUCACACAACCAAGGGCACCGUUCCUCUUCUCAGCUCCGACGGCAGUACCCUACUCACUGAGGAGACACAAAUUCUGCGGCGAUGGGCCGAGCUUUUCCAAGGCGUCCGUAAGUGCCGCUCCAACGCCUGCGACGCCACCAUCGCCCGUCUACCUCAGGUAGAGACCAACACCGACCUUGACCUCUCGUCCUCUCUACACCAAACUAUCCAGGUCGCGCAACAACUCUUCAGGGGCGAUAGAGUGACCCGCCGGAUUUCCAAGGCCAGCCAAGCCUUCGGUCAUCUGCAAAACACAGCUUGGAAUCAACACGACCUUCACAUCAGCACCAAACGGAAGAUCUACAAAGCGGUCAUCCUGCCGACUCUGCUGCAUGGAGCGGAGACUUGGAAGGUGCACGAGAAACAGGCACGAAGACUCAACCACUUCCACCUCAGCUGUCCUCGGCGGAUACUGAAGCUAAGGCAGCAGGACCGGGUCCACGACACGGUGGACUGGGACGGACCGGAAUCCUCAGCAUCUACGCCAUGCUGGGGCAACUGCAAUUGCCCUGGAGCUGUCAUCUCCUGCGCAUGGACGACGACUCUUGCAAAGAGAUGUCGCCCCGGGUCCCCACCACCAAGGAGGUCAAGUCUGGCGCCAUAAUGAUUCUCUGA